AAAACAAAAGGCAUACGCCGCCAUUUGUCCCUUCUGCGCUCCAAAAACCCUAAACCCCCACAUUUGCCCACCAAAGAAAUCUCUCUCCCUCCAAGGCUCCAAGAAGGCAACAACCAACGCAAUGGCUGAGUCUUCUAGUUCAAGGAUUCCAUAUUCACCUUUAAUUUUCCAACAUAUAUAGUAUCUACACGUCUACGUCUACUCACCAGUUGGGUUAUAGUUGCCGGACUGAACAUGCUCUGCCAUCAGCUGAUGAAUGGACUGUAGAAGACUGUACCGGUUAAUCCAAAGCCUUUCUUGAACAAUUUGACUGGGAAGCCUGUGAUGGUAAAACUUAAAUGGGGAAUGGAAUACAAAGGUUAUCUUGUCUCCGUGGAUUCAUACAUGAACUUGCAGCUCGCUAAUGCUGAAGAGUAUAUUGAUGGACAAUCCACUGGAAAUCUUGGAGAGAUCUUGAUCAGAUGCAAUAACGUCCUAUAUCUUCGAGGUGUGCCUGAGGAUGAAGAAAUUGAAGAAGCAGAUCAGGACUAGGGUUCGAUUGGUGUCUUUUGUAUCAUGACAUUCUAACUGAAUUGAGAUCUUUGUGUCUAUCAUUAGGUGUACUUGAAUCAAACCUAAGGGUACUCUUGUCUGAAGCAGAGACUAUCUUUGUCGUGUAAAAAUGUCCAGAAUCAUGUUAUGAGUGUUAUAUUAAGGGCAUUUUUUUCUUAUCCAAGAAUA